CUCUUCACAGGGCGCUACCGGCCGGCCGGCCGCCCGCUACCAGCGGCGUGGCCAACCUGGAGAUGCUUGAGCUGAGUGCGAGCCCUUUUCUGCCGGCUGCGCCGGUGGCCGUGGAGCUGGUCCAGCCGAGGAAGCUGUUGGCCCUGCAGUCGUCGGGUAUGAGGCUUGCCGGUGGCGAGGUCUCCGUCGGCUUGUUGACAAGCUUCGUACUCAUGACACUACUUUGCGGCGCUGGUGUCGUCGGCAUCUGUGUCCUGGGUUGGCUACUGUUCCGGCGCCGCAGGGGCGUGACUGCUCUCGAGUUCAGUGAGCAGGACAUAGACAACAUACUCAACAACCUUCGUGACAACAAUGUGAUCGGUAGCAGUGCGACAGGAGAACUACUGUACCGAGUCACUAUUCAGGACAGUGGUGGCAGCGGCCGCUCCAGGACGGUAACCGUGAAGAAGUUGGAGAACGAGAUUGGAACCGUGGAUGCCGAUCUCGAGAGCCGGUGCCAGUCCGAGGUGAACAAGCUGGGCGUCAUUCGUCACGACAACAUCAUCAGACUUGUAUAUUAUUGUAUCCGGAGGGACAGCAUGAUCCUGCUCUUGUACGAGCACAUGGAGAACGGCAGCCUUGACGAAUGGUUGCCGCACCAGGCCCCGGAGGCCGGCUGGCGGCGGCGCCCGCCGUUGGGCUGGCCGGCACGGCGGGCCAUCGCCAUCGGCGUGGCAAGAGGACUCUGCCACUUGCACCACGGAUGCAACAUGCCGAUUGUCCACCGCAGCAUCAAGCCGAGCAACAUCUUGCUUGACGGCGACCUCAAAGCCAAGAUCGCUGGGUUCGACCUUGCGCAGAUCAAUCCUGGACUCAACCAACCAUUGCCAAACUCGGAACUUCCUGCCGGUGUCUUGGGGUACACGGCUCCAGAAUAUGCGACCAUGCCAAGCGAGGUGGACGAGAAGGUGGACGUGUACAGCUUCGGCGUGGUGCUGCUGGAGCUCGUCACGGGGAGACUGGCCAACGGACCAGGUGCGGACGGCCACUUGGCUACUUGGGCACAGAAACACCACAACAAACUGAUGUCUGGAGAGCACGUAGAGUUCAGGAAUGCUGUCGACAUGGAUAUACCAGAUCGGGCGCGACACUUGAAGCAGAUGGCGGCCGUGUUCAAGCUCGGCGUGGAUUGCACUGUCACGGACCCUCGGGAGAGGCCGUCUAUGCGUACGGUGCUGGCCCGCCUCCGCAGCUCUGGUUUGCUGCGGGGCCUGGGGCAAUGCGUUAGCGUGUCCUGAAGACCUGAACAACGACUGCGAGGACACUACUAAGCCACGCUAUACAAUGCGUUAGCUUGUCCUGAUAAAAGAUUAUUAAGAUAAAAUAUUAUAGCGAUAUUUGUUACGUUAUUAAUAUAGAUCAUCUUGUUAAUUAUAUAAAAAAUGUAAAAAAAUUAUUAUUAUGAAUCUACUAUUAAAGACAAAUCUAGAUGUACUAUUUCACAAGUUCAAUCAAAAUAUUCAGAAGAUUAUCGAUGAUUGAAGUUUAAAUGCAUUGACUGUCUGUAACUCAAAACAACACUCUUUUGUAUCUGCAGAAAGUAGUUUAGAAUAAAAAAAAGCUUGUAUACUUUCAGACAACCAACUUCGAGCUGAACAUCUUAAAGGCUGCCACGAUAUUAUCGUACU